CCGACUGGCUGCGGCUGCAGCUGGACCCUUCUCCAGUGAGGGACGGAAGGAUUGCAUUUAAGAGAAGUGAGAUGCAGCCACAGUGACAAUUGUGCAGCGGCAAGCAGAAGUAAAAGCUUCAAACAUUGAAUAACAGCAGCAGAAGAAGCGACAUUAUUCCUCUGCGUGUGAAAGAUGUCCAGACUUCAGAGUCUAAAGCAGUAUAUCAACCAGCGGCUCACUGCGGCUGUCGAGGACAUAUUUGAGCACUUUGAAAGAACAAUAACCGAGUAUGAAGAGGAGAUGGACCUCCGACACCGGAAACUGUGCGAGUUGGUUUCAAGACCUGAAGUACAUCUGCAGACAGAAGCAGAUGUCCAGCAGCUGUUGGUGGUUAAUGAAGAGGUUCCCCCUGAGCAGCAGGAAGGCCAGGAAAACCCAGAGCCCCCCCCACACAUAAAACAGGAACAGGAGGAACCCUGGAGCAGUCAGGAGGGAGAGCAGCUUCAAGGGCUGAAUGAAGCAGAUAUCACCAAGUUCACCUUCACUCCUGUCCCUGUGAAGAGUGAACAUGAUGAAGAGAAACCUCAGUCCUCACGGCUUCAUCAAAGACAAACUGAACACAUGGAAGCAGAAGCUGAUGGAGAGGACUGUGGAGGACUAGAACCAGCCAGGGACUCAGAUCCAGAGAGACAUUUACUACCAGGGACUGAGGACAAGAAACCAUUUGGAUGUGCAGAGUGUGGGAAAAGAUUUGGAAAGGAAACACAUCUGAAUACACACAUGAGAACUCACACAGGAGAGAAACCAUUCAGCUGCGCGUUCUGUGAGAAAUCUUUUACACAGAGCGGAAGUUUACAGAAACACAUUAGAAUCCACACUGGAGAGAAACCAUACAAUUGCUCAGUAUGCGGUAAAGCUUUCAUUGAAAGUGGAAAUCUGACAAGACACAUGAUAACUCACACAGGAGAGAAACCCUUCAGCUGCUCAGUUUGUGCGAAAACCUACAGAAGCAAGGCUGACCUCAGGAGACACAUGAGAACUCACACAGGAGAGACUCUCUUUAGCUGCUCAUUUUGUAACCGCAAAUUUCCCUGGCGUUAUCAGGUCAAUACACAUAAAUGUGUUGGUCGUCAGUCCUCACAGCUUCAUCAGACUCAAAGUGAGGAGAACUGAGAGGCAGAGCCAGGAGCUGGAGACUCUUCAAGGGUUCACAUAUCCAUGGAAAGUCUGCAAAAUGUUUGAAAUGCUAAAGUUCCAUACCGUUUUCUGUUUAACUAAUUGUCACAGUAAUCUUUCUUGGUUAUCCUUCCAUACAGUGUAACAUGUUCCAUACAUUACUGAUAAUUUAUUAGUGCGAAUGCUGUUUACAGCAUUCCACUAUAGCAGUGGUUCCCAAACUGUUUGUGCCCAAGGCACACCAAAGGACAAGUAAAAAUCUCAAGGCACACCUAUUGUGCAAAAUAGCCCUCAUAACACGUGUUAUCACUCAUAUCAUGUAAAAUAUCUGUAAAUGUGCAUA